AUCUAAAUGAAAUUAUUAUUCUAGAUCUAAUUGAUCUUAUUAUUAGAUCUGGAUCUAAAUGUAGACUUAAGACUAGAAUCUAGAUCUCGGAUUUACUCUAUCUAGGGUGUAAUUUUCCUGCGCAUCCAAAACGAUCAGAUUUUCAAUGGGUUUCUAUUGACGUAUAUAAAUUGAAUAACGGGAGACCAUACAGUUGAGGUCACGUCAGUAUGUCAUCAUACGUGCGGAUAGACAGCUGCCAAAUAAUUGACCUGAAAAACUAUGGGCCUUUGAUGGGAAGUUUUGCAGAAGUUUUACCAAUAUAUCUUCGUCUAUGCAGUUAGAUCUAGAUCUUAAUUAUUUUGCUUGUUUAAACAUAAUAUGCUUCUUCUUAUGGAGAUUUUAACAUGCUUAUGUAACAGAGGGCCUUUUAUUCAUUUGAAAAUGUGGAAGGAUGUAUUGAAAUACUGAGAUAGGUCAAUAAAACAAUUUCUAAAAAAUGCCACUGCUGGAUCUCAAUGGAGUGCAAGUUAGUUUUCCAUUCACACCUUAUCCUUGCCAGAUUGAUUACAUGUCCAAAGUUUUAACUUGUCUACAGAAGAAUCAAAAUGGUGUUCUUGAAAGUCCUACAGGCACUGGUAAGACCUUAUCACUUCUUUGUGCUUCACUUGCCUGGCAAGAGAGUCACAAAGCACAGGUGGAAUUAAAUAAACAAACUGGCUUGGCUGCUGCAUUAUCCUCUAGCACCCUUCAAAGUGUUGACCUUAAUAAAAUAAGCCAAAGUCUUCAGACGGCCACUGGUUCCAGCUGGGGGAGUAGUGAAUUUCUUGUGCCAAGAAUAAUUUAUGCCUCCAGAACUCACUCCCAGCUCUCACAGGCAGUCCAGGAACUUAAAAGAACGGCUUACAGCCAUGUCAAGUCUUCAGUAAUUGGUUCCAGGGAGCAGCUGUGCAUACAUCAGCAAGUCCAGAAGUUGACAAACAAUACUGCUAAAGUACAUAUGUGUAGAGCUAAAGUCACUGCCAGAAAUUGUCACUUUUAUAACAAUAUUGAAGAAUUCAAAAAGAAAAGUGAGGUGCGUAAAGUAUUGGGCAGUGUAGUGGACAUUGAGGAUUUGGUUAAAACUGGACACAAGACUAAAACUUGUCCUUAUUACAUGGCUCGUGAGCUGAAGUCAGACUCUGAUAUAGUCUUUAUGCCCUAUAACUAUUUACUGGACCAAAAGUCUAGAAAAGCUCAUGGUGUGGAACUCCAAGGAAGUAUUAUCAUCUUUGAUGAAGCUCACAAUUUGGAGAAAAUUUGUGAGGAGUCAGCUUCAUUUGACUUGAGUUCACUUGAUAUUGCUACAGCUAUUGAGGAAACCACAAAGCUGGCAGAAAAAAUUGCACAGCUAAGUGGAACUGAAGCUGAGUUUUCCCAGGUAGAGGCUUCUGCUAUAUUGCCUGACUUUAACUUGGAAGAUAUCAUCCGUUUAAAGAAGACUCUUCUGGAGAUUGAAGAGAAGUUGGACACCAUAGAGGUUACUACAUCAGGGAAAACAUUACCUGGCAGCUUCAUUUUUGAAUUUCUGUCCCAAGUAAAUAUAACUUGGUCAACUAAGAAUUCUUUGAUAGAUGUUUUAGAUCAAAUGACAUCUUUCCUGUCAAAUGAUGAGGGCAAUUCUCUGCUACAUACAAAAGGUUCAGGGCUGUCAAAAAUUUCUGAUUGUCUAAAGAUUGUAUUCAAUCAAGAACCAAAUGAGUCUAUGUCUGUGUCUAGUCACCAAACAAUUUUAUCUCAACAUUUUAGAGUUUUUAUUCAAAAGAAGGAACCAAACAAUAAUUUCAAGAAAAAAAUUGACUCCUGGGUUACAACCAAUGAUGAACAAGAUAAAAAAGUGGAGCGUGUCUUGAGUUACUGGUGCUUUAGCCCUGGUCACACAAUGAAAGAUCUCUUAGCACAUGGGGUGAAGGUCAUUAUCUUAACCAGUGGCACAUUGUCACCGCUUGAGUCUUUUACAAUGGAGAUGCAGAUUCCUUUCCCAGUUCAAUUAGAGAAUCCUCAUGUCAUAGACACAAAUCAAGUUUGGCUGGGAGCACUUUGUAAAGGACCUGAUGGAGCAGUUCUCAACUCAGAGUAUAAAAACAGGUCAACUGAAGAGUACCAGAAUUCUCUUGGAAAUUCUAUCGUCAAUUUUGCAAGGGUUGUUCCUAAUGGACUUUUAAUCUUUUUCCCAUCUUACCCUUUGAUGGAUCAGUGUGUUGAGAAAUGGAAAAGGUCCAAUGUGUGGAACAAUAUCUCCCAGUACAAACCUAUUGUUGUUGAGCCAAAAGGAAAAUUUGCUUUUACAGAAGUGAUGGAUGAAUUUUACAGCAAGGUGAAUGAUCCAAGUUUAAAUGGUGCAAUAUUCAUGGCCGUUUGUCGAGGUAAAGUGAGUGAAGGACUUGACUUUGCAGACCAUAAUGGCCGAGCUGUUAUGAUCACUGGACUGCCUUUCCCUCCCAUGUUUGAUCCAAGAGUGAAACUCAAAAUGGAGUUCUUGAGAGACAAUGCAAGCAAGUUCAAUGGAUUAAGCGGUCAGCUGUGGUACCGCCAGCAAGCCACACGAGCAGUCAAUCAAGCCAUUGGUCGUGUCAUACGUCAUAAUAAAGAUUAUGGAGCCAUCAUACUUUGUGACAAGAGAUUUUCAAGUUUAGAGAAUAGAAAUGCCUUACCUCUCUGGGUUCGCCAUCAAGCCCAAAUUUACAACACCUUUGGUCCAGCUUUGAGGGACAUCAUCAAGUUCUUUAAAGAAGCUGAAGCUAAAUUCCCAGCUCCUAGUAAGCCUGUGAAGUCUAACAAAAGUGCAGACUCUGGAAUCAUCAGUGGAGCUUUUUUUGAACCCAGUACCAGCUCGAAACGUCCAGCUCGAAUAGCAAUUCAGUAUGAGAAGGCCUGUGAUGUACCUUGUCAUGUUCCUAGUUUAAAAAGUUCAGAAGAAGAGGCAUCUAUUUAUGAACAGUAUUCUGCACAGAAAUCAAAGACAGCCAAAAAAAGAACAUUACUAGAAGCACUAGAGACUUCUGAGGACCAAAACCAUGGCUCAAAGUUUCAGACGGUUGUGACUAGUGGUGCAUCAUCUUUGCCAUCGUUGUCACAGCAACCAGUUGCCAAGCUUCCAGGGAAUCAAAAAAAAAUUAAGAUCAAAAAAACAGAACUUGUUUAUGCUGAGACUGAGGAAGAAACAGUGAAGAAAGUGGAGCUGGUAAGAAGCAAGAUGUCACUGGAAUCAUGCAAGGAGUAUGUCAAUGAGGUGAAAUCUGUUUUGAAUAAGGAAACCUACAGACGUUUUUCUGAAGCUUUGGUGCAAUACAAAAAAGAAAAUGACAUCCAUAACAUGAUUCCAGUUUUAGCAGAAGUGUUUACAACUUGUCCUGAACAUCAUCAUUUGAUGCAAAAGUUUCACAGGUAUGUGCGGCCAAAAGAUAAAGACUAUUUUGCCAGAACAUGUUUUGAGUUGACUGGCAUAAAGAUUGAAAGUAACACCAACAGAUAUGUUGCCAGUUGCUCAACUAAAACAGAUGCUAACAGAUCAACGUCUGCAUUCUCUGAACCUGCCUCAUUAGUUGGAUCAGUGCCUGCAGCUUGUAAUCCCAGCACAUCAUCAACCACACAACCAGGAUCCAAUGAUGUCAGUAAAAGUAAAAAAGCAUAUCGAGGCUACAUCCCUCAUUACAAAAACUACAUCAUUAUGAGUUCUGUCAAUUUACACUCUGAUGGAAAUAUUCGUAUAAAAAAGAACAUCUGCCAUGCAAAUCCCAUCUAUGGUGACUUUUGUGGGCAGCAUUCAGAUAUGAAAAAGAAGGUUUCUUUCCAGUAUGAUGACAGAGCCACAUACCAGGAACUUGUUGACUGUGGCAUCAUCAACCCCAAUGAUGGAAUUUACACACCAGAUAUGUUUGUUUACCCAAGGACUUGGGAGAACUCAGGAAGGAUUUUUACCAGCUUUCCUGAAGGGGAGACUAUUCUAUCUACAUGCAUUAUCUGUAAAGGAGCACCAGUCAAUGGCCUAAGACAUGAGUGUGGAGCAGUUUGUUGUUUUAUGUGUUGGAAAAGCAAAAUUUUUGAGGGCCCUCCAGAAAGGAAAUGUCCCUAUCCACAUUGUGGCGCUAGAGUGAAACGAAAACAUUUACAGCAAGUUGUGUCUGCUGAUGGUGGUAGUGGUGCCAGAUGAUGUUGGUGGUGAUGUUUGCUUUAAGUUUGUCAAUGAUUUUAUGUCUUUUUAUGAUCAGAAUAUCUGAAUAAAUUCUAUUUAUUGUA